UCAACGGCUAACCCUCAUUUUCAAAAUGAAAACUCGUACAAAUCGCCAAGAGAGUACGAGAUCUGAAAAAACACUAUUGAUUCUGCUCGCUUAAUCUUCUCCACUCAUCAUCUCCUUCGUUUCGAAACCCUAAAUUCGACAAUCUCUCCCUCUCGUCCAUGAAGGAGGUCGAAGAAGAGGAGGCGAUGGAGAACCAACGAGCCCCGGAGAAGACGAUCCCCGUCUUCACUGUGCUAAAAAACGGCGCGAUUCUCAAAAACGUAUUCGUCGUCAACAACAGUAGUCCCGAUUUCUCUUCGCCGGAGGCAGAGGAGAUUCUGCUCGUCGGCCGGCAUCCAGACUGCGACAUUCUCCUAACGCAUCCUAGCAUCAGCAGAUUCCACUUGCAGAUCCGCUCUCUCCCCUCUCGUCAGAAGCUCUUCGUCACGGAUCUCUCCUCUGUGCAUGGGACAUGGGUUGCGGAUCAGAAAGUUGAGCCAGAUGCUUGUGUUGAGGUGAAGGAAGGUGAUGUUAUUAGGAUUGGGGGUUCGACUAGGAUCUAUAGGCUGCAUUGGAUUCCACUGAGCCGUGCGUAUGAUUCCGAUAAUCCAUUUGUUCCACCAUCUACACCGAUGGAACAAGAUGAAGAGCCUGAAGCAGAAAAUCUAGUGGUUGCACGUCAGUCAGGUGAUGAUGGAGAUGGACAUUUGGAUGUGACAUCUGAAGGAAGUGGUUCAUCAGUAGUCCCUAGUGAGGAUGAUGAGGAUACAACAAGGGAAGUUUUGUUGCCAGUUGCACCUCCAAGCGUUUCGUCAAUACCUAGAGAUUCUGUCAAUACAGAAAAGCUACAAUCCAGUGAAGAUUUGCAGACUUCAUCAAGGUGGGAGUUGGAUGUUGAAGAAGCCGCAGCAGAAAUGCCAAUUAGCAGCUGCGCCUCAAGUAAGCCGCAGAGUGGUAGCUGCCCGGAGGCCUUAGCUUGUUAUGAACAUGAAGUUCCUGCAGAGGCUGAUGAAUGGGAUGUCAGAGGAGACGGUUGUCUGCUUCUGGAUGUGAUGCCAGAGAUGAUAGAGUCUUCAGUCCUUAAUAGGGAGGAUGAUCCAUAUCUAGCUGCAAAGGAGACUUCAUCGCUUCAACUCCAACGAGAUUCCACUGAGACAGAAGAUCUACAGCUCACAGAUGUUGUCCAGGCUUCACCAAAAUUGACCGUAAUUAUUAUGGAAGCCAACACAGAAAAUUCAAGUAGCUGCAGCUCCCUAAGAAAGGCACAGAUUGAUGGUGUCUUUGAAGACUCAGAUUGUGCUUCUUUUGAAUUGGCUGCAGAGGUUGAGACUUUGAGCCUUUGUCAAGAAGUCUGUGGAGAAAAUCAAAUGGUUGCAUUUCAGUCACUAGCGGAUUCAGGUGAUGAUGGAGAUGGACAUUUAGAUGUGACGUCUGAAGGAAGUGGUUCAUCAGUCCCUAGUGAGGAUGAUGAGGAUACAACAAGGGAAGUUUUGUUGCCAGUUGCACCUCCAAGGGUUUCGUCACUACCUAAAGAUUCUGCCAAUACAGAAAAGCUACAAUCCAAUGAAGAUUUGCAGACUUCAUCAAAGUUAGAGUUGGAUGUUGAAGAAGCCGCAGUAGAAAUGCCAAUUACCAGCUGUGGCUCAAGUAAGCCGCAGAGUGAUAGCUACCCGGAGGCCUUAGCUUGUUAUGAACCUGAAGUUCCUGAAGAGGCUGAUGAAUGGGAUGCCAGAGGAAACGGUGGUCUGCUUCUGGAUGUGAUGCCAGAGAUGAUAGAGUCUUUAGUCCCUUAUGGGGAGGAUGAUCCAUAUCUAGCUGCAAAGGAGACUUCAUCGCUUCAACUCCAACGAGAUUCCACUGAGACAGAAGAUCUACAGCUCACAUAUGUUGUCCAGGCUUCACCAGAAUUGACCGUAAUUAUUAUGGAAGCCAACACAGAAAAUUCAAGUAUCUGCAGCUCCCUAAGAAAGGCUCAGUCUGAUGGUGUCUUUGAAGACUCAGGUUGUGCUCCUUUUGAAUUGGCUGCAGAGGCUAAGACUUUGAGCCUUUGUCAAGAAGUCUGUGGAGAAAAUGAGUGUGACACCAAGCAAGUAAUGGAAAUAUAUGCUGAACCACUAACUGAGGCUGAAAAUCAGAUUCACAUAGACAAUGGAGAAAUUGAUGUAUCUCCCAGUUCCUCUUCUCAAUCUGACCGACUGAUAGAAAUUUUAACUGAAAAUGGCAUAAGCGAUGAUGCACUUUCUCAGAUGAAUAGCUCUAGGAGCGGUAAAUCUGCUUCUGUUCCAUUACUUGAAGCCCCGGGUUGUUCUGCAUUUGAACUGGCUGCAGAGGUUGAGAUUAUGAGCCCUCGUCAAGAAGUCAGCGAAGAAAUAUGUUUUGUGACAGAGAAAAUACAGGAAGCAUCUGCAGAACCACUAACUAAAGUUGACAUUCAGAGCCACGAAGAGGAUGGAGUUACCGAGGUCUUUAGGCCAGUUAUUGAAGUAUCCUCCUCUCCUCAAAUUCAGCCAAAGUUAAUAGGAGAUGCCCGAGGCCACUUAGACUCUGAAGUAGCCAUAGAGGCCGAUAGUCAGAACCUACAUACAAAAAGCAACAGAGAACUCAGGAUCAGUUCAAGCGAAGUCAGUAUAGUAUCUGAUUGUUUGUUCGCUGGCAAGACAGUAGAUAUCCGAAGUCUAUGGUCGAGUAGGCAGCUACUUCCCGAGAGUGAACUUGGGGAUCCAUCUGAGAUCUUGAGUGAAGUGAACCUUGCAGGAGAUCAGAAAAAAAUAUCAGCAAUAAGCAGAGAGACUGAACAAAUGUUUGAUGAUGGGAGAAUCUCGUGCCAUUCGGAGGAACAAAGACAGAGUGGUACACAACGUUUCUCGUUGACACCAAAUCAGGAAUCCAAAACAGAAAUGUCAUUUGGCUCUGGGAGAUCUGAAGAAUCUUACAGCCUAAGCGAAAUAGAGGGAAAAGGAUAUACUGAUAAGGAGGAUACAAAACCGACUCAAAAACUGCCUUCUGAUUAUACUGGAAGUCAAGAAAACCAGAGUCCCCAAACACUCGCUGUUAGAUAUGAUGUACUGUCUGAGAUGGAUAGCUCAAGAAGCUCCUCGAGAAGAUUGAGCACAAACAAUAUUUGGUCUAGGAGGGGGAAAGCUGCUUCUGUUCUACAGGUCCGGACCAACAAGAGUGAAGGAAAGCAAAAACAGAUUGGGAAACCAAAAGCCCAGUUGCAGAGAAAACAUGCUCUAAGUGAUAAGCCUAGUUAUCUGAAACUAGAACCAGAGAUCUUUACUCCUGACAAGGAGAACCUGACCCCAAACUCUCAUAUGCUAAAACGCUUGCGAGAAGUUGGUGAGAUUAAAGAUACUAAAGGUUCCUCCUCUAAGGCAAUGCGUAAACAAUUCUUUGAUAAUCAAGUGGAACAAAACGUGAUGGUCGAACAGAAACAAGAUGUUCACUGCAUGAGUAGCAACUCAAAGGUAGCGCAUGAGCCUGUGGCACAAAAGAAGAAAGCUGAACGAGCACCUUUUCAACAUCUGCUUGACAAAUCUUGGUCCCAGAGCCAAUCAUACACCGAGGCUUCUUCUACUGCAGCAGCACGAAACAACAUUUCUUGGGGGCUUCGUUCGUCUUCGAACCUUUCUGAUGGUAAGAAGAAGAUGAAAUGGACCAUUGUGUUGGACACUUCUUCCCUCCUCAACAAGGAAUCUAGGAAACCAUUGCACCUACUCCAAGGUCUCAAGGGGACACAUAUGGUCGUACCAAGAACAGUGUUAAGGGAACUAAAUGAGAUGAAGCGCGGUCGCUGUCUUCUGUUUAGUAGAACAGCAGAGAUGGCUUCCUCAGCUCUGGACUGGAUCCAAGAGUGUAAAGUUAGUACCAAAUGGUGGAUUCAAGUCCAAAGCCCAUCAGAGGAAACUAAAGCAACUGCACCAACACCACCAGUCACUUCUCAGUCAAAUGGAUAUUCAUUUCCGUUUUCACUUGACUGGAAUAGUUAUGCACCGGAGAUCGAUUCUCCCACAUCAGAAGAUCAAGUUCUCGAAUGUGCACUUAUUCACAGAAACCGUAACAGAGAUGUACAACUCGUUCUUCUUAGCAACGAUGUAACUCUCAAGAUCAAAGCCAUGGCAGAGGGUGUAAUGUGCGAGACGGCACAUGAGUUCUACGAGAGUCUGAAGAAUCCGUACUCGGAGAGGUUUAUGUGGCCAGAGAGUUUGCCGAGAGGAAGGACUUGGAGUCAUGAAGACGAUACUGUGUUGAGAGAAAGGUACGACAACCGAAAGCUAACAACGUUCAAUGGAGGAAGAAGAGGAGAGAUUGAUGCAACAGCAGCAAAAGGCUUGAAGCUCAUACUGCUCUAUAAUUCUCAGUAUGGCCACAUUCAUUGAUGCAUCUCUUUUUUUCGUUCUCAAAUUUCAUGUAAGCUAAAUCACUUCAACUCGCUCACACAUGGGAUUUUUUUAGGAUAAUGACAUUUUCAUAUCAUCAUGACAUUUUGUUGUUGGAAUUACAUUUGUCUUCCAGCUAUAGCGAUCGUCAUACCUAAGAAAAUUUGAAUAUUGGAGUAAUCGUUAA